AAGCUUUUUAAUCCAAAUACGCUUGAGCAAAUAUCUUAAAUUAUGCAUAUAUUGACCCUGCUUUUCAUCUUCACCCAAUUAAAUCAGAUUGGCUCUUCAUCUUCACCCACUUGAAUCGGUCAAUCCGAGAUUUAGUGGAGACUCAUUCAAAUUUUUCCUCUCACUUUCUCACAUUACCGUUUGCACGAACAAAAACUCUGGCAUUUGUCACUGCAUCCAACGUUGUUAGAUCACUGCCGCCUCCAUUUUUCUGAUACCUCAAGCAAUGAAUCUCACUGAGAGUCUGGUUUGUGAAACUGCUAAAUUAAUUUUCUACUUUCCCUUUUAUUUUGAUGAUUCAAAUUCAUGCACAAUCCAAAGACAAAUUUCAUACUCCAUUGGUCCUAUAGAUUUCGUGUGCAGAUCUGUAUAUGUGAUUAAUGGAUGGCACCCCAACAUUCACAUAGACACAAGUACUUCUCCCACAAAGAAAAGAACAAUAUUGGUGUGGCAGUCGCACUUUGGCCUCCAAUCUUCAGUAAAUUUCAUGAACACACAAUUUCUUUAAUAUUUGUGCUAUAAUCUCUUUUUAGUAGGUGACGUG